AUGCUUCGAGUUGCCACCGCGGAGGGCGCUGUCGAUCAAAAUAAACACGGAGCGAACCCAGGUGGCUCGAAUUCGAACGAUGUCAGACUCCGCAAGCUCGGUACGAGCGCGGCCUUCAUGGCGAAAGGGAAGAAAUCUCAGACGAAGCCUCAGGAACACCCGCCGGCCUCGAAUGUGGCGGGAGCUGUGUUCUCCAAAAGCGCAGGAAUAGUCGGCGUACGGAUACAUGCGAAGCCCGGAGCUAAGCUCUCGGCCGUAACUGGUAUCGGUGCCGAGGCUGUUGAAGUUCAGAUAGGAGCUCCACCGGUGGACGGCGAAGCCAAUACCGAGCUCGUGAAGUAUCUGGCAAAAGCACUGGAUCUACGGAAAAGUGACGUAUCCCUGGAUAGGGGCAGCAGAUCCCGAGAGAAAGUGAUCCUUAUCGAAACGAAAUUCUCGUGCGAGGAAAUACGCGAAAAAAUCGGUGCCCUCGUCGAAACGUGACCGGAAAGAAGCUUCCGGGUCCGCAGAGAUUCCUUCUUUCCAUGGAUGAAGUCCGGAGAUUGCGAGAAAGCGCUGUGAUUCUUAUUAGUUCAAGAUAUAUCGACCUCAAGGAAUAAAGAGCUCUAUGUUUU